UCUACCGAUAUCGUUAUUAUGGUCCCGCCGCGGGAAAAACCCGGCUCGUCUUAACAACUAAAGUUCUUGAUGUAUUCCAUCACGAACAACCGUUAAUUUAACUUACUGAGUGUUACGAAAGAAUAAAAAUGCCAGCAAAACGUACUAAACAGCGACCUAUAAAUAAGAAAAACAUUGAUCAUCCAAGCCAAUCAGUUUCAGAAAAAAAUUUUAAAAUACGAAAUGUAGCAAUCAAACUAGUAGACAUUGCAAAACAUAAAGAGAAGACAAGUUUAGCUAAUGUGGAUAAUAACAAUUUUAUUACAAGUAGCAAUUGUGAGCCAGAAAUUACUUUAGAUGACAAAAGAAUGGAGACUUCUUUAGAUGUCAGCGAAAGAAUACAGACUACUUUAGAUAACAGCAAAAAAAUUAAAACUACUUUAAAUGUCAGUGAUAGAAUGAAAACUACUUUAGAUGUCAGCAAAGAAACAGAAACUACUUUAGAGGUUAAUGAAAGAAUGAAAACUACUUUAGAUGUCAGCGAAAGAACAGAAACUGCUUUAGAUGUCAGCGAACAAAUAAAAGCUACUUUAGAUAUCAGCAAAGGAAUAAAAACUACUUUAGAGGUCAAUAAAAAAAUAAAAGCUACUUUAGAUGUUAACGAAGGAACAGAAACUACUUUAGAGGUCAAUGAAAGUGUGAAAACUACUUCAGAUGUCAGUGAAAGAAUAAAAGCUACUUUAGAUAUUAGCGAAGAAACAGAACUACUUUAGAGG